GGGAAACACACCGGACUUCAAUGACAAGGAACUGCAGCUGCCUUUCGACAUUGUUAUAACCGUUAUUUUUAUACAGUCUAUAACAAAGUAGCUUAUUAUCUCUCAUUUGUAUUUGUGAAAGAUCGAGGCAAACUAUUGGCUACUUAUAAAUACUCAAAGCUCGGUAUUUGUACCCUAGUGAUUCGCGGACUGGAUAACUAUCGGUUCCUGUGCGGUACAUUGGCGAUUCAGAGAGGAACCAAGAGAUCAAGAUCCUGUCUGCAAUGCUGACAUUCAUGGUGCAUAUCCUCAUCAUCUCCCAUGGUGUUGUGUCUGUGGAGCCUGUGCACGAAUCCCCCCAUGGAGACCUUCUAAACCUCCCCUGGCAGACAGAGCUCUGCUGUGCCUCACCCCCAGCCCAUCUUCACCAGAUGAGGGAGGGAGAGGACGAAGGGUCUGCAGGGUCCAGGAGGGCACCAUCUGAUCCGGGACACCCACACACACCCCAGUGCCUCUUUAGGAACUCCACAAGCACACUAGUACCUCCCCAGGAGACAAAUCCCAGUGGAGCCACCUGUUGGGACAUCCUGUGUUGUGUUGAUGAGUCCUGGGAAAAUGUAAUAUGUGAUCUAAAGCACCGCGCCACUUCUUCAGACACCUCCACUCCUGGGUCGGUGACAAUUUGCUUGCGGCGCUUGGUAUCACAGCCUGACAGAGAGGUAAACACCAUGCAUGGGACUAACAGCAUGGACUGUGUGGGAGAAGAUUCCAUCACCUGUUCUAUCGAUCUCCUCGCGGUCAGCAGUAUCGUCGUGGUAACAGCCAACGUGUCCAACACCACAGCAGGUCCCCCGGUGAUUCUCAUCGUCCCUCCGCGUCUCGGGAAACCAAGCCCACCACUGAACCUAACACACACCCAGACCGCAGAGGGAGAGUUGGUUCUGAGCUGGAGCAACCCACAGCCCUAUGCCAGCCCUGUCCCACUGAGCCACGAGGUCCGAUACGUUACCUCCCACAACACCUCUAACCCCAACUGGAAGCAUGUGGAGGUGACUGGAGACCAGUGGGUGUCUUUGACUGGACUGAGGGCAGGUCUGCACAACAUUGUACAGAUCCGCUCUCACCACCCUGUUCUGCCCCACCUGUGGAGUGACUGGAGCCAGCCACACCGCAUCGACCUGGAAGAUGUGACUUAUCUCCCUGAGAGAGUGGUGGCCAGCCUUGGAGAUAGUGUGACUGUGUACUGCGUGUUCAACGACCGCAGGGUGAACGCCAGCACGGCGGUCUGGUUUCUGAACCUUGACCGCCUUCCCCAGAGCCAGUACACUGCUGUCAACGACCGUGUCAGUAAAAUAACGGUUCAACCGUCUGAGCAGAAGCUGUACGACAUCCUGCAUUGCUGCCAGUCUUCAGGGGAGAAGUAUAGCUGUAACUACCGCUACGCAACGAUAUACAUUAAAGAUCCAUUCAUAGAUAUCAGCUGUGUAACCAAUGGGGAUCUGGACAGCAUGACCUGUAGGUGGAACAACAUCCAAACCGAAAUCAACUUCCUGUCCAGGGUGGCCGACCUAUCCUGUGAUGUCAUGGAGGAGGCGGAGGAGGUGGGCGGGGCGGUGAGUGUUUUCAGGCAGGUGGUGUGUGUAUCCAGCAGAUCUAGAGAAGUGAAGAGCUGCACUCUGCAGCCAAUCAGAGUGACUUCCUGCUACAAGCUGUGGAUGGAGGCCAAGACAGACAAUGGCACGAGGUCACAUCCUGUCUACAUCACACCUAUGGACCACGUGAAGCCCCACCCUCCCUCGGGCCUUGAGGCAGUGAGCAUGCCUAGUGGAGUCCUGAGGCUGGCGUGGGUGCCCCCAGAACUGCCCCACUACGAUAUGCAGUACCAGGUUCGCUAUGCCCUCGCCACUGACAGGGCCCAUCCAUUCUGGCAGGUCCUGGCUCCUCGGGCAGAGUCGUGGGCUGAGGUCCCUGAACCAGAUGUAUGUAGGGUGUACAAUGUGCAGGUCCGCUGUAUGCAUAUCAACAGCUCUGGGACCUGGAGUGACUGGAGCCACUCUCUAUACACUACCCCUCACAACAGCAGAGCUCCUGACCAGGGUCCUGAUUUCUGGCGAGUGUUUCAGGAGGAUCCUGCAAGGAACCAGACUAACGUCACUCUUCUCUUCAAGCAUUUCCCCAUAGUGGAGCCAACCUACUGUGUGGAGGGCCUUGUAGUACAGCACCAGGCCUCUGGGGGCAUUGUGACUGAGGAGCAGAUAGGCCUGGUGUCCUCCUACCGCUUUGCGUGGCGAGAGGAGGUCCACUCUGUGACGGUCAAGGCUCAGAACAGCCAGGGAUACUCCACUAGGAACAUCAACAUGACCCUGGAGAGACACCCCAAACGCCAGUGUGUGCGUUCGUUCUGUGUGUCCCGUGUGAAUAGUAGCUGUGUAGUCCUGUCGUGGUCUCUGCAGCCCAACAGCAGUGUACCGUGGUCCCUGGUUGUAGAGUGGUCGGGUCAGAACCACCAGGACAGACAGGGUCAGACCACAGAGGGCAGGGAGAUGUGGACCAGGGUCCCCCCUACUGACCAGGUCCUCUACCUACAUGGUGAUUUCUAUGGCUCUGAGGAGUAUGUGUUCACCUUGUGUCCAGUGUUUGCAGAUGGAGAAGGAGAGCCAGUGUAUACUAAAGUCUUUAGGGGGGCCAACGCUGGGCCUGCAGCCUACAUGCUCCUGAUGAUCAUCGCCUUCCUCGCCAUCGUCCUCUUCGUCACCCUGGUCAUAUCCCAAAACCACAUGAAGAACAUGUGGAAGGAUGUUCCCAACCCCAGCAACUGUUCCUGGGCCCAGGGGAUGGACUUCAGGAAGGCUGACACUAUGGAGCAGUUGUUCCGCCAACCAGAGGGCCUGCCAGACUGGCCACCACUCUUCAUCUCAGAGACUAUCUCCCAGGUCACCAUUGUAGAGAAGACUGGUCCCCCAGCCCCAGACAAGGACAGCAUCCUGAUCCCAGCCUCCGCCCCAUCCCUCUUGGACUCAGAGGUGCCUGAGGUCCCAGAGGAGGAGGAGACCCCCCAGUCCCCAGAGCUCCCCAGGAGUGUGGAGAGCUCAGCCCAGUCGUCAGUGACCUAUGCUAUGGUCCUGCUCUCAGACGACCCACGCCGGCUCUACAAGCAGGACGGCAGCCACAGCCGCUCCAGCGACGAGGGCAACUUCUCCGCCAACAACUCUGACAUCUCCGGCUCCUUCCCCGGGGGCCUGUGGGAGUUGGAGAAUUCCUAUUCCCGAGCCGGAGACUUGGACCUGGACCCAUAUCGUUCAUGCUUCUACAAAUAUGUGGAGGAGUUUUCUGAGACGUCGGAACAGGAGGAUGAGGCCCUGGGUGGAGAGAGGGAUGGGGGGAUGGAGGGGAUGGAGGAGAAGGACCUGUAUUACAUGGGAAUGGGCUGUCAGGAGGAGAGUGAGGAAGAGGAGGAGGAGGAAGAGAGGGAAGAAAAUACAGGGGCUAUGCUGCUCAAAGAGGUGGUGGUUCUGCAGAGAGAGGGCUCAUCCAUUGAGUCCAACCCUCUACUUGGGUGUCGGGACUCUAUGUUUAGUGAGUCCAGUGAUGAGGGGGCAGUGGUAGGGAUAGGGAUGAGGUCUGUCCCCCUCUACCUUCCCCAGUUCAGAACUGCUCCCUCCAGCCCACUCAAAGCACAGGACAGCACCCCAAGCGGUAAGAACUGGUAGUGCCUAAUAUAUUGUUUUAUUCUAAUGCUGCUGUUUAGUCCCUCAGGAGGGAGAGGACUCAGCAGAGACACAGUCACUGAUAGGCUUGUUUCUCAGUUAAGGGCAUUUACAGAAGCUUGGCUGUGUCUUAGAUGGCAGCCUAUUUCCUAUACAGUAAAGUGCACUUAGAUCCCUAUGGGCCCUGGGCAAAAGUAGCAAAGGUAGUGCACUUAUAUCAGACAUUUUGAAAAUGGGGACAAGGCAUCUGAGGGGGCUAGGCAUACUAGGUGCUAAGCCUCUGCCCACUUUAUAAGGAAUAGGGUGCCAUUUCACAAGCAUCCUCCCUCCGUGUCUACAGUGCCACAUUGCUGCUCUGCACCUUCAGUCCAUAGGAAGCUACAGUGAGGGAAACAAGUAUUUGAUCCCCUGCGGAUUUUGUACGUUUGCCCACUGACAAAGAA